AGGAAACUGGUGCUCGCUUAAAGUUGUUCUAAAUUCAGUUCUGCAGCAGGAAGUUCCUGGUUUCCCGACAUGGCUGUAGACUGGAUUGGGUUCAGCUAUGCUGCUCUGGUGUCAGCAGGAGGAAUCAUCGGUUAUGUGAAAGCAGGCAGCGUCACCUCUCUGGCUGCAGGGCUCUUGUUCGGCCUGUUGGCUGCAGUCGGCGCUUAUCUGGCAUCUCAAAAUCCCAAGAAUGUCUGGCUUUCACUUGGCACCUCGGGAACUCUGGCUGUGGUGAUGGGACUGAGAUUUCUCAACUCCUGGAAGUUCAUGCCAGCUGGUUUAAUGACUUUAUUAAGUGGACUGAUGCUGGUGAAGAUCAUCGCUGGAAUGCAAAACAAACCACAUAAAUCUUGAAAAUAUCUUAAUAUACCUUUUUUUUUUUUUUUUUUACAUAAAAAUCUAUUUUUGACAUGAAAAAUGUAUAAUUUGUGCUCCCACAUACACAAAUAUUCCCAUUAAGAAACAAUACUGACCCUAGAAGAUAUGGGACACUAGUGCAAAACUGAACAAUAUUUAAUAGCAUGGCAAAUGUAACAACAGACCAGCAGGAAACACUUCUCCUCUAAAGUCUGUAUUUCCUGGCUAAAGUGCAGUGGGACCUUUUCCCAUGAGUCACUGGUGGAGCAGAGCAGACUGCUGCGCUACUGGUGACCUCCGUAUUUGGUGAUCCAGUCUACUCGUCCGUGCACAGGCUGGAUGUUUGUGCUCCUUGUAAAAGUGUUCUACCCUGUGAUCCAGAGAUCUGCUCCUCCCCCCUUCGUAUUCUGGGAAAUGAUCAUGAGAGAGAAGGAAAGCGAUGUCAAG